AGGGACCAGGGCGUGAUCCAUUCAGCUUCACAUUUUUCACAAGAGCUGCAAUACGCAGAGACAUUUUGAAAACAAAAUUCACAUUUCACUCUUUUCAUAAUACUGACGCCCAGAGGAACGUUGUGAGUCAGUAUUGUAAUUUUUAGAGGUUUAAUAACCACCACAAGAGGGCUCUCUCAUCUGGAGCAGUAUGCCUGCGGUAGAGUUAGUUUCGAAUAAAGUCGUGGACGUCAUUAGUAGAUUACCACCUGGGACAUUUUCUGAAAUAUGUUUGCACAUUCUGACGUAUCUCUGUGGACAGUCUGCUGGAGUUGAUUCAGCUGUACUAUCUAAAGAACUGUCAAAUGCUGGUAUUUCACUUAACCACGAGGAUUUACAAAGUAUUACAAGAUAUGUUUUAUUAACAUUCAGAUAUGCUGGAAAACACAGCCUCUCUGCUGAUGAUUUAGUGUCAAAGUUGGAAGAAGAUGGCAGCAGGUGGGCCAAACCCUGUCUCCAAGUGAUACACAAGUUAUGGAGUGAACAUAGUGCAGAAGUCCAGCUACAGCAAGAAGCUAAAGAGAUGCUUAGUAUUGGCCAGUUAGUUGACAUCCAGUGGAAACUCGGCAUGGCAGUGAGCUCAGACACCUGCCGGUCACUAAACUGUCCGUAUGUGAUGGUCAUGCUGAAGGUGGCUGAUCCCUCUGGUCAAAUCUGUCAGAAGUCUUUUGAAAUGACUAUUCCACAAUUCCAGAACCUGCACAGCCAUUUUAAGGACAUUGCAGCAGUAAUGGAAACUGUAUGAUACAAUUCAGUACAUCUUUUUCACAUGUCUUGGUUUGUAUCAGCUUUGU